CCGCUAGUUACGACGUGGUUUGGCCUUCCUUACCUCCGCCGUUCCUACAACCUCAACUCUCGCAACUGCCACCUGCAUAUCAACCGUGCAUCGCAACUCCCAACGCACGGCGCCGUGAGCUUCAAGGUCGCUUCUCCCUGAUAGCUCCCAUUGCACUCGCCCUCGUCGUUGCACGCCGCUGCCCGACACUUGUCGACUUUUCCCGGCCGAAUCGAUCAUCGACGGCCCUAUCCGAUUGUACGCCCAGAGCCAUAGGUUUCCCUACGCCUACGAGAGCAGAUCGCGAGUAAAAAGGAAAGGAAAAAAAAAAAAAACCAGAGAAGCCAUCGACACAGACGGCCAACGCGAUAUUUUCCGUCUCUCCUUCAACGAGAGCUCCUCCCGCCACAUCCGUGGUCGCCAUCGCCGACCCCCUCGAUCCCCCUCCAGCUGUCAAUCUGGCGGCUCUUCAGCCCAAGCCCUACGGCGAAGCAUCUGCUGUGGCCGCAAUGGCCCAGCCCAAUGCAGAGCCCGCCGAGGAAUACGACUAUGAAUCUCUACCGCCCAACUUUUCCCUCGUGCAGAACAUGGCUGCCGGGGCAUUUGCGGGCAUAGCGGAGCAUACCGUCAUGUAUCCGAUUGACGCCAUCAAGACCCGCAUGCAGGUCCUGAACCCCAAUCCCUCGGCCGUCUACAAUGGUGUGAUUCAAGGUACAUACCGCAUAGCUAGUCGCGAGGGCGUCCUGAGCUUGUGGAGAGGCAUGUCCAGUGUUGUUGCCGGUGCCGGUCCCGCUCAUGCUGUUUACUUCGCUACAUACGAAGCUGUCAAGCAUGUUAUGGGUGGCAACCAAGCUGGUGUACACCAUCCUCUGGCCGCUGCGACCAGCGGUGCUUGCGCUACGAUUGCCAGCGAUGCGCUGAUGAACCCUUUCGAUGUCAUCAAGCAGCGCAUGCAGAUUCAGGGGUCGGCCAAGAUGUACCGUUCCAUGACCGAUUGCGCCAAGUAUGUCUACAAAACUGAGGGGUUGGCGGCUUUCUACGUCUCUUACCCGACCACGCUCUCCAUGACGGUGCCCUUCACUGCCCUCCAGUUCUUGGCGUACGAGUCUAUAUCGACGGCCAUGAACCCCAACAAGGGAUACGAUCCCACAACACAUUGCUUGGCUGGUGGUGUCGCCGGUGGUUUCGCUGCCGCUUUGACUACCCCUAUGGAUGUCAUCAAGACGAUGCUUCAGACCCGAGGAACUGCCACCGACCCAGCAUUGAGGAACGUGAACGGAUUCAUGGCUGGUUGCCGGUUACUGUACGAGCGUGAGGGUUUCCGCGGAUUUUUCAAGGGUGUGCGCCCCCGCGUGGUGACCACCAUGCCCAGCACGGCCAUUUGCUGGUCUGCCUACGAGGCUUGCAAGGCCUACUUCAUCUCCAAGAACGAUAACCCGAACCCUUGAAGGCGGUCCGCCGCUGUGCAUAUAGAAAAGAAUGUCAUUGACGAUUCGAUCACCGAUUAGAGCGGUCUUGUAAAUUUAGAAAGCAGGGUCGAGGCCCAUGAGGAACUCGGACCACCGAAUUGGUCUUUUUAUACUUGGGGGUACAAUAGGCACGAUACCAGCAAUCCCGGCGAGCAUUACUCUUCCUCUGCUAAGUAGUGACGUGAGGAAUGACACACGCCGUCUUCCAAGCGGGUCUAUCUGGUGCCGGGGAGCUGGUGGUUUGGCAAAAUGCAACGUUUGAAAGGAUACUCAACAUGUUGGCGUCAGGAAAUGACGGACUUGCCUGG